GAGCGGGCUCCUCAUUUCGACCCACUUUAAAACCACCGGGCAGCUUCAGAGCAGCUGUGAGUCGGAGAGAAGCGGGCAGUGUGGCUGCUCCGUUCAGAGGAGAGAGAGAGAGACAUAGAAGGACAAGGAGAGAGAGAGAGAGCGAGCCUGUAGGAGUGUGAGGACAUCUCUCCAUUCUACAGAGCGCGGUGUGGCGGAUUUUCACAGGAACAAAACGAAGAACCUUCUUAGGGAUUUCUGGGGAACUUCUGACGAAGACUCUGUGUAGUAGCUCCUAGAAUAUUUUGUGUGAAGGCAUGGAUCCGGUGCCGGCUGAGAUGAAUGCGAUUCCCAAUGGGAAAGGCCAUGAAGCAGCAGAUGACACCUCCACUACGCUCACGCCCACCAAAACUGAAUCAGACGACACGGCUCAGGAACUCGUACCAAAUAGCACAGAGAAUGCCAGCCCCAGCAGAGCUACAGGAGAUGCGGAGGCAAACCUGGCGGAGAGUUCAGAGUUUCUCUCCAACGCCGACGACAAGAAAACACCACAUUUCACAGACUUUGAGGGGAAGACCUCUUUCGGGAUGUCAGUCUUCAACCUGGGAAAUGCCAUCAUGGGCAGUGGAAUUCUGGGACUGGCGUACGCAAUGGCUAACACCGGCAUCGUCCUGUUCCUGUUUCUCCUCACGGCCGUGGCGUGUCUCUCAGCCUACUCCAUCCACCUGCUGCUCAAAUCCUCCGGCGUUGUAGGUAUCAGGGCGUAUGAGCAGUUGGGUUAUCGGGCCUUUGGAACGCCGGGAAAAAUGGCUGCGGGCAUCGCGAUCACACUGCAGAAUAUUGGAGCAAUGUCCAGCUAUUUGUAUAUAGUGAAAUACGAGUUUCCGCUGGUCAUACAGGCCUUUCUCAGGGUGGACACACCAUCAGGAGAGUGGUAUCUGGAUGGUAAUUAUCUGGUGAUGAUUGUCUCCGUCUGUAUUAUUCUUCCUCUGGCUCUGAUGAAGCAGCUGGGCUAUCUGGGCUACACCAGCGGUUUUUCUCUGAGCUGCAUGGUCUUCUUCCUUAUCUCGGUGAUUUAUAAGAAGUUCCAAGUGACAUGUCCAUUUGGAGAAUUUGCCAACCGGACGAUGGGUUUGAACAUCAGUGCUGAACACAGCGAGUGCACUCCCCACAUGUUCAACCUCAAAAUCCAGACAGCCUACACUAUUCCCAUCCUGGCCUUUGCGUUUGUGUGUCACCCGGAGGUGCUGCCGAUUUAUACUGAGCUGCGCAACCCCACCAAGAAAAAGAUGCAGCAUGUGUCCAACAUCUCCAUCGCUGUCAUGUACGUCAUGUACUUCCUGGCUGCGCUGUUCGGAUAUCUGACCUUCUACGAUAAGGUGGAAGCCGAGUUGUUACACACCUACAGCAAGAUCGACCCGUAUGACACUCUGAUCCUGUGUGUGCGUCUGGCUGUGCUGACCGCUGUCACACUCACCGUGCCCAUCGUUCUGUUUCCUGUGAGGAGAGCCAUCCAGCAGCUUUUCUUCCCCAAUAAAACGUUCUGGUGGCCGAGACACAUCGCCAUCGCCAUCGUCCUUCUCACCACCAUCAACCUGCUGGUCAUCUUUGCCCCCAACAUCCUGGGCAUCUUUGGAGUCAUAGGUGCUACAUCGGCCCCGUGUCUCAUCUUCAUCUUCCCGGCCGUUUUCUACAUCCGGAUCAUUCCCAAAGAAGACGAGCCCAUGCGCUCGGCUCCAAAAAUCCUGGCUGCCUGUUUCGCAGGGCUGGGUGUAUUGUUUAUGAUAAUGAGUCUGAGCUUCAUCAUCAUUGAUUGGACAUCGGGGAGCAGCAACGCAAGCAGUGGGCACUAGGCCCCGCCCAUUUUUAUUUUUCUUUGUUAAAUAAGAUCUGUUGUGUAUUUUUAUGUCCUGUGUAGUCCGGGGUCAGGACCGGCAGAGCACGCAUAAUCUCUCAGUGCAACGUCAGUGUCUGGCACACUCAGUAUCGUAAAGCCUGCAGGCUCACCCUUAAAGUUAUCACAUAAAGAAGAAGAAGAACAUUAUUCUGGCAUGAGGGGCUAUAUUCUACUAUACCAUCCUAAAACUGACCAGCUGCACCGUCUCUGUGGUCUGUUGGAAGCGGAAACCUCACUCGAGCCUCAGCAGGGAACUGGAAGUUCCACAGAAUGACCCACAAUGACUCAUAAUGACGCAGAUGCAGUAGUGAUGGGCAGUGCUGCUGAGAGAGAUUAUGCAUUCUCGCCAAACUGACCCCAAACAGCCAACCCUCCCAUCCUCGUCCACUUUCACAGAUUUAUUUGAAGUGACCUCUUUGACCCCAGACUGGCAUCAUUAAAGUAGUUCUUUUGUUUAGUUUUUGUUUUUUUGAGGGGUAGGGGGUGGCCGGAAUUGACCUCUCCAUGCUUCUCCCACAAAUAUGUUCUUCAAUAGCAACUGUUGCUAGGUGGGGCAAGCUUUACAGAACCUACAUCAAGUACAUAAUCUUUGCUGCAAUAACUGUUUCUGUUAUUUGUUUCAGGCGUAGAUUUUACAGCUACAGCGUGACUAAACUGUCCCCUAACAUCAUAGAGACUUAGUGAUAUUUGACAAUUUGGUCACAAAAUGGAAACAAAAAAGCGAAUUUCAUAAUAGCAUAUAAUAGCAUGUUAGUGCUAAGCUAACACAGAUGCACAUGAACCUUUUUUGGCUGUGCUACAUUAAACACGGAUAUUUGGAGCUUGCAAAAUACAUUAUUUCACCUUGUAUCUGUUAGUUCUGCUCUGACUCUUUCAGGAAAGAGGCCUAGCAUAGAGCUGCCGGCGCUGUUUUCCAUUCCUAACAACUAACUGAAACCUGGGCGACAGCUCGUAUUCACAGACAGUGAAGUAUGUAGAACUUCUAGAAGAACUACAGUGAUGUGUUUCUCAUUAAUUUAGUCCCAUUGUAAUUGUAAUUGGUUGAUUUCUCUGUUACUUCCUAAUUAUGUUGGUAGUUAAUCUUAUGUGUAAGGCCUUUAGUCCAGCUCCUGAAGCCCUAACCAAUGGGAGAGCAUGCUUGGCUAUAUCUACCUAGACACCACAGAAGAAAAAAAUCCUGAUUGAAAAGUUUUUUAUUGGGGCAAUUCAAGAUUUUAACCCUCUUGUUUCCAACCAAAACUUGAAAUAAGAGUAGUUGUCAUAGUUUAGGCCUUCUUUGAAGGUAUUGAAGCCCUGAGGUUCCCCACUGAAUGUCUAUAUGUAUAUCAUCAAAUCCUACAGACUAGCUUUGGCUGUGCUAGAUUAGCUAGUGUGUUGACGACGUUAGCCUAGUUAGCAGAACUGUUUCUCGUUAAGUGCGGUGAGAUUUUUGUUAACGUUCUGUCCAACCUAACAACAGUUGCUAUGAACACAUUUGUGGGCGGAGCAUGAAUGGAUGGGCUGGUGGUUGGUGUAUAAAUGUAGGUGCCUGUGGUACGUCAGUCCACUUUGAUGAAUUUACUGUCCGUCCUAUCUUUGACCUUGGCAAUAAUCUCUGCAGCAGCCUAGAAGGCCGUUGCUAUGACAGCGCUUGGUCGUGUCGACCCCCAUGAUCUUUGACCCUGCUCUCUCGGUCAGUUGCUGUUGUAGCGAAUAGCAUCUAUAGCACAGUCCCCAUGUGACACAUAUGCAAACUGUACAUACGGUGAGUUAAAAUACGUGCGUGAGUCAUUUUUAUAUGUGAGGAUUUAUAUAUUGUUCAUAAUUUCUAUAUCAUAAAGUAUAAAGGUAUAUAUAUAAAUAUAGGGGCAUCAUGUGACAGUGAUGUGUUUGCUAUUCAUCCAGAAGCAUAUCAGCUCCAAAAUGGGGUUUAGAACUGAAAAAAACAAAAAAGAAACCCUGAAAAACAGAGUUAGCUUCUGCUGAAGUGUUAAUAAUCUACUGUAGAGUAAAAAAUGGAAAGCACAUCUUGAAAAGCACAGUAAGCUCAUGGUCUGGGGUCAACACUGCCAUGCUAAUGUGUACAGACUGACCCUACGGCAGAUUCUCGCUGUCCAGCAGGGUGUGCUGUUGAGUUGUUUCUGAAAAUCUGCUGAAAGUAGGAAGAGAUAACCAAAAAACAAAUGAAAAUCCUAAACAUACAGGGUCGUCUCCUACAGCGGAGAAACAGCAGUGAAGGGUGUAAAUAUUGUGAUCGCAGGACUGGCCUGAUAAAGCUGACAGACGUGCGGUAGAAACUUUUCGAGACGAGUUUAGAGAUGUGACCUCUCCGUCGUAUCUUUUUGCUCGCUCUUUCAGUAGUGAGUAUUUAUGUCGUUGUCACAUGGUCGUGCUUGUCAGAUAGAUGGAACUUCGGCCUCCGAGGAUCGCAAAACAAUAAUUCAGCUAAAUAUAAACAUAUUUCAGUACAUAUGUCACUUUCUGAAAACAAAGACAAAGCACUUAUGAACAUAAGUCAUAUUUCCUGUUCUAAUUAUUUAAUUUUGUGGGUUAGGGAGUCGUGCCAGUGUACAGCUGAUUGAGAUCAGGCUUUAAUUAAGCUAAAAUUUGGCUAAACAAUUCAGAAUUUUAAAAAAAUCAAUGCAAAUGGCACUUUCUAAAAAACAGAAAUACAUUUAUGAACGUGGCCAAUAUUUUGUAUGAUCUAAUUCUUUAAUUUAGUGUAUCGUUCUAAAGAACUACACCAGUCUAAGGCUCUAGGAGGCUGAAAUUCAACUAAAAUUAUGCUAAAAUUCAGCUAAAAUACAGCUAAAAUUAAGAUUUCUUUCAAAAAAAGUCAGUGCACUUGCACUUUCUGAAAACAAACAGAACUGGACCUAUGAACACAACUCUUUUUUCGUAUUUUGUAUGUUUUAUUUCUUUCUAAGUUGUGUAUUACUUUAAAGAAUUACCAGAAAUAGCUCAAAUUAAGCUCAAAUUAUUGAUUUUUAUGUGUUUUUAAUAGAUAAGGCACUUUCUGAUUAAAAAAAACAGAAAUGCACUUAUUAACAAAAGCUGUAUUUUAAAGAAUGCCACAAAACUGAAUGCUGAAUGAGACCAGAUGUCAUAGCUGGUAUUGAAAAGUUAUUAAUGCACAUAAUGUAUUGAUCAAAAAUUGCAUAUAAACAAAUAAUGCAUUUGUUAUCGUUCUGUAUUGCUACUCCACGAGGCAUAAAAUGAAUGAAACGAGCACCAAUUUGGAGAUUUUUUGCGGAAUUCAGGCUGGGGCUGGGUAUCAUUCAGAAAUAUGAUUUGAUAUCAAUACCAAUAUCUUGCCUUCUUUGCUGAUUCCUGAGCUAAAUUUUUUGAAUUUUUUUAACUUACAAAAAGAAAGUUAAAGGCUUAAACCAGCACUGAGUGCUGGAAGUGAGAAUAUUUACUGAUUGCACAACAGUAAAUAUGAAAUGACAUGGUGAAUUUCGAUACCCAGCCCAUCUCAGGCCAGUUCUUGACUGAGCACGAGCAUCUGACAGCGACUGAACCAGUAGCUCUAGCACUUUCUGCUGUAAAGCACAAUUUAGAGCCAUUAAAACACUUACCUGCUCUAGAGACCAAGUGUAAUCUAUGAUAAACUCAUGAAUUAAUAUAUUUUAUAGAUAAGAGUUAUAUGGCCUUCGUACUACUAAUUAUAAAAUGUUUCAAAUGACUGUGUGUGUGUGUGUGUAUGCAAAGCCCUCAGUACCUAAUGCAUUUAUAUGGAUGUUGAACAUUGUAAAGGAAUGUUUUGACCUCAAUAACAUCUACCUUUUUAUACACUACGUACAGUACUGCGCAAAAGACCACAACAAAAGAGACCACCCUUAAUUCAUUUAAUUUCCAGUCAAAAUAGCCAUUAAGUGCAAAUGAUUCAUUUUUCAGUAUCAUAAAAAGCACAAA